CGCGGUGUUUAUCCAGGCUUUCCUGCCUUUAUUACCAUGUGGCUAGACAACCGGCUGUGGCUUUUAACCACCCCUUGGGGUUGAUUAGCGCUUUCUAGUUCCUCAAAAUGCCGGGUUAUUCACCAAGGGCAAGGUGAAAAAGGGGAAGGGUAUUUAUGUAAUCAGGGAGUUGCGGGAUUGAAUUCUGCCAUCGAUCAGAGCCUCAUGUUCUCUUAAUUUAUUUCCACACGUCUUCCACAUUUUUUAUUUUGUAAUGGCAGUGGAAGGUCUGGACUUAAGGUAUCCCGUGACCUGUUUCUCACUUUGCCUUUGGCAAAGGCAGGUUUUUAGUUUUAUAUUUGGAAUGAAAGGUUCUAUCUAAUUUGGGUUUUUUUGUACAUCUGACUUGUGACUCAAACCUGAGGGAUUCAGACUGGCUUAUAAAUCAGAAAUCAUGUGGACUAGCAGAAUUCAUUUGCAUGUAUGAAAGUGAUGGGCAAUGGAAAGACGGAACUGUUUGCUGAAAUGUGACUGUAUGGAGCUGUGAGACUGUUUUAAGCAGUUUGAAGCAAGUGUGACUUUGUUGAGCAGUAGAGAAAGCAUUUAUGUAUUUGACACUUGCAUUUCAUGAGCAUUAGGUCUGUUUUGCAGUUAACUGAGACUGGAAAAUGAAAAUAAACUAGCCCGUUUCACUUUCUCUUGCCAUAACAGUAAUUCUGCUGCUCUUUGGAAAUUAACUAUUCCAGAAAAAGGCCUGCAUUAAGAAACAAAAUAAGAAACCCCCACAAUUUUUCUUGACAUGAGAGAAACCUGCAGACUUUAAAACUCCGUUUUUGGAUAAAAUACAAAUAUUUAACGUGCCUUUCUAAAUUAUCUGAAAUGCCAGUGCAUGCUCAUGUUCUGCUUAUUCUCAACAAUGUUUAGAUUUGAAGAAUGGAUGACCUGUUCAGCUUUUUCUUUUAAAUCUUAAAAGCAGAAAUUUAAAUAUCUGGACAUUAUUGUGUGCUUUUUGGACAGUUUGAUGGGAAAUUAUAGAAGUUUUUACAUACAAGAGUUAACAGAACUCUUAAAUUCCUAGUCAGUGAUGUCAGAAGGAGAGAAGGUAUUUGACAGAAGAGUUUUGUGUGCCUGUAUGAUGCAGACAAGUCUUGGCCUCUGGGUUAACCAGUGAAGCAGCUUAACCAUCCUAGCUAGGGAUUCCUAGAUGAAGUUUGUCUGUGUGUGGUGGGUCAGUGGUAAGAUUCGUAGUUUUGUGUGAUUUGUAUUAUGCUAUGGCAAGUGCAGAAAAUUUUAUGGUUUCCAGUAUAAGGCAGGUAAUGAUGAGUUUCAGAAACUAUAAUAUAGAUUGUUCUCUUCAUAUUAUUUUUUCAGCAGAUUGUUUUUCUUUCAUACAAAUUUUGAUCUUUUCUCCCCAAUUAGUCUUACAGCGUUCAUAAAGAUUUUUUUUGUAUCCUAGCUGGAAGUGCAGGAUGACAUCUUUUCCUAGACUAUUGAAUCCUGCUUUGAGGCUUCUGAUGAGCAGCUUUGAACUCCCAAGUGCAGGAGCUACUUUUCUGCACCCAUGUUGUCCUGCGACCAAGGACAUUGCCCCUAUUUUGUGGUUGGUUUACUGUGAUCUGUGUUUGGAGGUCCAUAAAUUACUUGCUGAAUUAUAAUGCAAUGUCCUGUUGGUUAGCCACCAGAUCUAGCAGAAGAAAUUUUAAUAAUUGUCUAAUAUCCUGUUUUAGUCAUACUGUGCACAUUUAAGUUUCAAAGUUUUUGGUCUGAUUCAUAGUUUCUAGAGGAGACAGUUCAAAUUGAUCCUUAGGGUUAAUAAGUUUUUAGAGGACCAGUGCUAAUGUUUGUGCUUAUGUUGUUUUACUCAUAAGGAAGUUAAAUUCUGUUUUUUCUCUCUGUUUGUUUGUUUCAGCUGUAUUUUGUCACUAACAGAAGAUGUGCAACUGACUGAACUGACACACGCACAGCUUCAAGAGGCCGAGAAUGAUAUUAGAUGUCCUCUUACUAGAUGCACACAAAUUAUAUGUGGAAGUAGAAUUCAACCAGGAAGAGAAUUUCUGUGAAGACUUCCCUGGAAACAAAUGUAUGUGAAGAAUUUUCUUUAUGAAGACCACUAAGUUGGAUCACCUGGCAACAUGACUUAAGCACACUACUACUUUGUAUUCAUUUGAGCCUUAAAAAUGAUAAGGGUUACACGUGAACUUUGACCCAUUUCUGAUGAGUAUUCUAGACAUGAGUUUGCAUCGGCAAAUGGGCUCUGAUCGGGACCUGCAGUCUUCUGCCUCUUCAGUAAGUUUGCCUUCAGUUAAAAAGGCACCAAAGAAAAGAAGAAUUUCACUGGGCUCCCUCUUCCGAAGGAAAAAGGAUACAAAACGCAAAUCUAGGGAUUUAAAUGGAGGGGUGGAUGGAAUUGCAAGUAUUGAAAGUAUACAUUCUGAAAUGUGCACAGACAAGAACUCUAUCUUCUCCACAUGUACCUCUUCUGACAAUGGCACCACCUCUACCAGUAAACCAACUGGAGACUUCAUGGAGUGCCCCUUGUGUCUAUUACGGCACUCUAAGGACAGGUUCCCAGAAAUAAUGACUUGUCACCAUAGAUCCUGUGUGGAUUGCUUACGUCAGUAUCUCCGGAUAGAAAUCUCUGAGAGUAGAGUUAAUAUCAGCUGUCCAGAAUGUUCUGAACGAUUCAAUCCACAUGACAUUCGUUUGAUAUUAAACGAUGACAUCUUGAUGGAAAAAUAUGAAGAAUUUAUGCUUAGGCGAUGGCUUGUUGCAGAUCCAGAUUGUAGAUGGUGCCCAGCUCCAGACUGUGGAUAUGCUGUGAUCGCUUUUGGCUGUGCCAGCUGUCCCAAACUUACUUGUGAACGUGAAGGCUGUGGAACUGAGUUCUGCUAUCACUGUAAACAGAUUUGGCAUCCAAACCAGACCUGUGACGCUGCUCGCCAAGAGAGAGCCCAAAGUCUACGCUUGAGAACAAUUCGUUCUUCAUCUAUUAGUUAUAGCCAGGAGUCAGGAGCAGCAGCUGAUGACAUAAAGCCAUGUCCACGAUGUGCUGCUUACAUAAUAAAAAUGAAUGAUGGAAGCUGCAAUCAUAUGACUUGUGCUGUCUGUGGUUGUGAAUUCUGUUGGCUGUGUAUGAAAGAGAUCUCAGAUUUGCAUUACUUAAGCCCAUCAGGUUGUACUUUUUGGGGAAAGAAACCAUGGAGUCGUAAAAAGAAAAUACUGUGGCAACUGGGGACACUUGUUGGGGCUCCUGUAGGGAUUGCUUUAAUAGCUGGUAUUGCCAUUCCUGCUAUGAUCAUUGGGAUCCCUGUGUAUGUGGGACGUAAGAUUCACAAUCGCUAUGAAGGAAAAGACAUUUCGAAGCACAAGAGAAACCUGGCUAUCGCAGGUGGUGUAACCUUGUCUGUAAUUGUUUCUCCAGUUGUAGCUGCAGUAACUGUAGGUAUUGGUGUUCCCAUUAUGUUGGCUUAUGUGUAUGGAGUUGUUCCUAUCUCCCUCUGUCGAAGUGGAGGUUGUGGUGUGUCUGCAGGCAAUGGAAAGGGUGUCAGGAUAGAAUUUGAUGAUGAAAAUGAUAUAAAUGUUGGUGGAACAAAUGCAGCCGUAGAUACUACUUCUGUGGCAGAGGCACGACAUAACCCUAGCAUAGGGGAAGGAAGUGUGGGAGGACUGACCGGCAGCCUGAGUGCAAGUGGUAGCCAUAUGGAUAGAAUAGGAGCCAUUCGAGAUAACCUGAGUGAAACUGCUAGCACCAUGGCACUAGCUGGAGCUAGUAUAACAGGGAGUCUAUCAGGAAGCGCAAUGGUCAACUGUUUUAACAGGUUGGAAGUUCAAGCAGAUGUGCAAAAAGAGCGAUACAGUCUGAGUGGAGAAUCUGGUACAGUUAGCUUGGGAACGGUUAGUGACAACGCCAGUACCAAAGCAAUGGCAGGAUCCAUUCUGAAUUCAUACCUCCCAUUGGAUAGGGAAGGUAACAGCAUGGAGGUGCAAGUUGAUAUUGAAUCGAAGCCAGCUAAAUUCAGACACAAUAGUGGAAGCAGUAGUGUUGAUGAUGGCAGUGCUCCAGGUCGUAGUAAUGCUGGUUGUUCAUCAGCCAGCUUGCCAGAAAGUAAAUCUAGUGCCACCAAGUGGUCCAAAGAGGCAACGGCAGGAAAAAAAUGUAAAGGUAAACUGAGAAAAAAAAGUAGCAUGAAGAUAAAUGAGACCAGAGAGGACAUGGAUGCUCAGUUAUUGGAGCAACAAAGCACAAACUCAAGUGAAUUUGAUUCUCCCUCUCUGAGCGAUAGCAUCCCGUCUGUAGCAGAUUCCCACUCGAGUCAUUUUUCAGAGUUUAGUUGCUCUGAUAUGGAAAGUAUGAAAACGUCCUGUAGCCAUGGUUCCAAUGAUUACCACACUCGCUUCACUACAGUCAGUGUCCUCCCUGAGGUAGAACAUGACCGCUUGGAAAAUUCUCCACAUCAGAGUGGAAUUCCUGUGUUGGCUCCAACCGCCUCAAGCAUUGAAGUUCCACAGCUGAGUUACAUCGCUGAAGAAGGUGUUCAUAAUGGAAGUUCAGCUGAUGUGGAUUUAGAUAUUGGUGAGACACUGAAAGAAACAAACAACAAUCAUUCACAACAUGCUGUGGAAUUAAACACUGCGAUUCAGACUGAAAUUUAGACCUAUAAGUGCUGCAAAAUUAUAUUUACCACUAAAGAGCCCUGUCUGAAAGCUGGUUGAACUACAUGUGACUACUGUAAGUCCCAAGUGACCAGCAGAAGCAAGGUUUUGAUGCAAUUAUAUUUUAUAUGUACCUGUCUAGUAAGGCAGAAUGCUUCAUGUGGAUCUUAGUUACAGACCUAUGUGAAGUGACAAAGGCUUUAACAAGUGCAUUACUACACAACAAAUAAGUUAAUGUUUUGUAUUUUUGCCACAACUUUGCUUGAAAGUAUAUACUUGAUGUAUUCGAUACAAAAUUGGCAAAUUUGUAUAACGUUAAAUGCUAAACUGAAUAGCGUCCUGCACUGUUCACUUGAAAAUGUGGAGCUUGGGAAAAGUGGGUGUUA